UAAGCUUCAGUCAGGGCUGGCACUAACAACGAGAAACGUCAUGGGUGGCUUGAGCCGUGCUCACCCUGCUGAAGUUCCACUUUUACCCUGCUUUUCUCCCGCCCAUAUAUUACAUAUAAACCCAACAACGCACGUAUUGCGAUAACAUUAUGAAAACGGGAUGCUACUUAGCUCUUGUUUGUGUCCCACUCAACGCCAUGUCUCGAGAAAAGCGCGCUCACUUUUACUCUCUGUACACUAUUUAAAAGCGAAACCAACCGCCACCAACGCCACCACACCUCCACCAUCCGCAACAACCUUACGUCGACAGCUCUCUUAUAAAUAUUCAGACCCUAACAAAUACCCAUCGCCGCAUUGGACGACACCAUGUACACCGCUACUGCACCGAGAAUUCUCCACAUGCCGAGCUACAGCAUCGAUUGCAACGCGAUCGGCUGCGCCAGUAGUCGAAGAGGAGGAAGAUCUGGCCAAUGACGAUAUGUUGCAAAAAAUCGACAGUCCGGUUGACAUUUUAGCUCUCAUUGAGAGUGCAGGAGCAGCAAAACAAAAGCAACAGCAGCAGCAGCAGCAGCAACAACAGGAACAACAGCAAAAAAGCAUCAAUGACCAACGACGGACGAAUACGCGCCGAAGGAACGUCAAGGACGAGCCGCAUUGCAGCGUCGCGGAUUUGGAAACGUUUGUGAACACACAACAAUUUGCAAAGGCAUUGGAAGCGCUCUGUCGAACUUCUCGGGUAUCGUAUUAUCCAUCCAGUAUACGCCAUGAACUCUAUCAGCAAAUUGCACAACUCGAGCCCCCGGACAUUGUUCAGCUUAUUCGGCCCUGGGCUGUUCAGCAUACCAACGAGAAUAUCCGAGCUUGGCGCAUUAUCAAGGAUACUUCUGAAUUUUGGAGCCGUGAAAAAUUGGUCGAGAUGGUACGGUAUUGUUCCGGUAGCGAGCACGACGAGCGACUGCAGAUACAUCUGUUUAGCCGACUGCUUGCGUAUUACCGACGCACAAAGGAUAUAAACAGCUUGCUUCAAGUGAUACCCCGAGACGACGAAGGUAGUGUGACGAUCAAGCUGUUUAACAUGGCAUUGAAUGCUAGUCUACGUCAAAACUGGCUCAAGGAUGCGGAAGUGGUGUUACGAGAAAUGCAGGAACGUAACGUGGAAUUUGACGCAGCAUCAUUCAACAUCCUGAUUCGGUCCAAACUCAAGCAAGGCAAGCGUGCUAUGGAAGGCGCUAAUGCGAUAUAUAAUGAAAUGCAAGAUUGUAACAUUGAACCAACCAUGGCAACUUUUAAUACUUUCAUUGACUAUUCGUGCCAAUUUCGAAUGUGGGAUGACUUGCAAAUGUGGAUCGAUCGGAUGCAAAGCAAAGAUAUGGAUGGCGACUCGAUUACGCUACGACUAUUAGUAGAGGCAAUGCUCUUACACCCACACGAACCAAAGCUUGUGACGGUACUGGAACACGUUGCCACGGCCGUUCCCAUAUCUCCAGACGAACAGACAUUGAAUCCGAUUAUUACCACUUUUUUGCGACACAAGCGAACAAAAGCAGCUCUGACAUUGCUCGACAAGAUAUUCUCAUUACAACACGAAAUACCACCUUCAUCCUACGCGUACAACCUUUUGAUUCACGGUCUUUCACAACAGGGCGAUCUUGAAGCAGCGCAUCAGGUCAUUGAUGCCAUGUAUUCUGGAAACGACCAUCGGAUACCCCCGCCGGAUAUAGUCAGCUACACAACCUUGAUACACGGUUACAUUCGCAAGGCUGAAUCCGACGAUAUUGACAUUGAUACGAUCCUUCGACUGUAUCAUCAGUUGCGCAGCAGCGGAUUACAAUCCAAUGGCACGUUGCAAACGGUGCUUUUGCAUGGCAUUAUCAAGUCGCGAUACGUGGACAUUGAAAAGACCCGGAGGCUGUUUGACAUGAUGAUUGCCGAGGAUGACAGGCGUUGCUUCCUACCAGAUCCGUCCGAGGAAGAGCCGCUGGACCAGACGAUCUUGUAUAAUAUGAUGAUGGAUGGAUACUUUAUUCAUGCGUAUCACCGGAAUCAGCAACGAGGACUUGCAGUGUCGUCGGUCAAAGCACAAAGAGAACUGCUUGAUGAGGCUAUUCGGAAGAAGCUGGAACUGACCACCGCGUCUCUGAACAUUUGGAUUCGCGGGGUAGCUGUGUUCAACAAGGACUUGGCGGCGGCACGGUCACUGGUCAAACAAUUUGAGCGACUGGGCAUCGAGGCGAACGAGCGGACAAUGUGGUAUCUUUGUUGGACGGCGUAUACUAUGGGCAAGCCUGAUAAGGUACGACGAUGGUUGCGAGAGUAUGAAGGGCAAGGCCACGUCGUACUCGGACGAGGAUUCUGCGAACUGAAGAGUCGGUUACGGAUAUAAAUAAUGCUCUAUAUACAUAUUAUAUAUACUAUUCUUUGUGCUGUGUAUUUUGUUUUGUGAUGUUCUUUUCACUAUUCUCCCUUCUCUACCCCUUUCUUGUAAUAUAAUAGACCUACCACCUCAUUCCCAUCUCUACCGCAAAUUAGAUAUUACCAUCGCUACCUCUUCGUAGAGCAUUAAAGUAUGUAUCUAUAAUCAC